UCGUGAUGUUGGGAUUAUAUGACUGACCUCAUACGUACUGCGGUCUACAAUUAUACUCUGCUGCAGAUAUUUGAUGUAUUGUUGGUAUUGCAUACUUUAGUUGGGCUGUAGUUUGAUACGACACGCACACACUUAAACGCGUUACCUACUGUAAUCCGCUGUGGUGUUUUACAAACCGUUAUUUCUAGAUAUUACAAAGGGCUACACGGGCCGUCAAUAUGCUUUGAUGACUUCUCGUAUUACUUUUCGUGUUCUUUUGGAAACGAAACCAGGCUAACAAUGAUUGUGUAACAAAGAAUCAUAAACCGUGAACAUAACGAUAAAAAUCUCCUUUUUGAUGAACUACCUAAAAAGACCGAAAGAAACGCACACAAAACUUAAUUUUUUCAGACGGCUAGUGAGUCAUCGAAACUAAUUCUCCACUUCAAGAAGUGAUUUUGUUUGUUCCUGUUAUUUUUAAUGAGCAUCUGAAAUGCGCCAUGUUUUAAUUGCCGCUUACUCCGGAAAAGACAGCGGACUACUCCUUGACUUGUUCAAAAUGCGAGCAAGACAUCUACAUAUAACCCUUUUAUUGGCGCUGAACAUAAUGCAAGUGCUAUCUGAAGACAUUGUUGGAAUUUCUGGAAACGAUGUGCUCCUCCCUUGUGUUUUCAGUGCACCAAAGCCACUAAAUGUGCAAACUGUCCAUUUUGCAUGGAAUAGGUUGCCAAAUAUUAACAUGCUUAUUUUCUCAUCUGGGAAAAGCGACAUAGCCCCUGGAUAUACAGACCGUAUUUCGUUAAACAAAGAACAAAUAGCUAAAGGAAAUUUUUCACUGGAGUUGUUAAAUAUCCAAAAAACAGAUGAAGGGAAUUAUAGGUGCUACCCACCUCCAGGUCAACCACCACAAGAUGUCAAGCUCACUGUUAAAGAACCUGAAGCUUCUCCUGUAGUCACUGAAAAAACCAAGAGUUCAGGAGAAGAACCUGGAAACACUGCUGUGAAUUUAAUUCCACAGAAAUAUGUUGCAUUCCUCAUUUCUUCAUCAUUUCUACUCCAUCUUGUGGGAUGAGUGUCAGACAUCAGAAGAUAAAGAAGACAACCUAGUUAGCAUUUUCAUAUACUAAAUCAUUUAGUUUAAUGUUUUUUGUUCAUUAAAUCAUAUAAUUUG